AGAAAUAGUCGAGCAAUUGAGUUUAUAUAUCUUUCAGAUUUAUUAUAUUGGUAACUAAUUAAAAGAACUUUGAUGACUUGUGUAGAGAUAGACAACUCCUAAAGUCCUGAUUAGAACACUGCCAAAUUGUAUUGAUCAGGGAGAAACAGAUGAUCGAAGUGUACAGAAUCCAUGAGAUAAUCUAUUUCUGUUCUCGCCUUAGAGAUUUUCUAUACAAUAUUUACAUACUAUAUUAUAAUUUCGAGUUUUGAUAAAUCCAUGAUUGCGGCAUCUUAGAGGUGGAAGAAAAUGGAGAAAACCUGUUAUCAACAUCGUAUUGCCUGGGAAUUGUGUAAUAUAUAAUAGACAAGUUACAUUUAUAAAACAUGACGCGAAUCCAGGACAAGAUAUUCAGGAUUAGGAACCUUUUCGUGUGGAUUGUUUGUCACGCUAUAUACAUAACGGCGGCAAAUGACAUAAAGGCAAAAAUAGUAGAUAUCCUAUGGAAGGGAGAUAAUCAAGAGGUUUUAAAAUUUCCACCUCAUUAUGACUUAGAUGGAGGAAAGACCGAUAUUUUCUGUGAUAUGUACGUUACAAGUUUUGAUGAUGUUAAUGAAGCAGAUAUGGAUUUUACGAUAAGUCUACUGUUACAUCUAGAGUGGACCGACAUGAGGUUACAGAAAGACAUUCAAUCUUUAGAUUUUGAGGAAGUUGAGCUAGAUUCAAAGAGUGUUGGUAGUUUAUGGACCCCGGAUGUAUUUUUCCCAAACGAGAAAGAGGCUUCCUACCACAAUAUUAUGUCACCUAAUAGAAUGUUUCGCUUGACCAAGAACUGUACACUAAAUUAUACAGUCAGACUUACCUUGAAACUGAGUUGUGUAAUGAGGUUACAUAGUUAUCCUUUUGAUAAGCAGACAUGCAGACUACAUUUAGAAAGUUUUGGUUACGAUGCUCAACAGAUAAAUCUGCAUUGGAAUAAGGAAGACACACCUAUUGGGAUGAAUAUUACAAGUCUUCCUCAGUUUGAAGUUGUUGGUCAUGAUUUUGAUAAUUUUUUUUCUGAUCAUCGAAUAAGAGGAAACUACAGUACUCUGUCAGCACAGUUUGACUUCAGGCGGAACAUUGGAUACUAUGUGGUUCAGAUGUAUAUCCCGACUCUGCUUAUUGUCAUGUUGUCAUGGGUCUCAUUUUGGUUGAAUGUAAAUUCAGUACCCGGAAGAGUAACCCUUGGCGUGUUGUCAGUUCUUACUAUUUCUACCCAGAGUUCAAGUGUAAAUGCGUCACUUCCUCGUGUUUCCUAUACCAAGGCAAUAGAUAUAUGGAUGGCAACCUGUCUGGUAUUUGUCUUUGCAGCACUCAUUGAAUUCGCUAUUGCGAAUGUGCUGACUCGGAAAGGGUCACAUAAGGGGAUCAUCAUGAAAAAGCUAAUAAAGCUGGCAAAGGAGGUCAGGGAAAAAGCUCUAAUGAGAAAUAAUCAGGGUGUAAUGGCUUCCUCGGAUCCGGAUGGUUUACGUCACAGAGGAAGCGUGAGCUCAGAUGAAACAAAUGGGAAUAAAAAAGAGACUGUUGUAAAAAUGGAUGCAGGUGUACAGCUACAGAAACAACGCAGUGAAUUAGAAGAUAAACCAGCAUUUGAAAAAGGCAUGUUGUAUGCUAUGUACUGUGACGUGGCAUCUAGAAUUCUGUUUCCGCUCGUUUUUGCUAUAUUUAAUGUAGUAUAUUGGGUCUAUUACAUCAACAUUCUAAAUUACUAAUGAUAAGAUAUUGCAAAAUAUUGUAAACUUUAAUAAUUCAAUAAACAUUUAGAAAU